CAGGCAACGACGGAGCAGCAGCAGCAGAGUUGGCCAGUUUUUCACCGAGUGCGUUUCUAGAACAGUCGAAUCUCGCAAAUUUCUCCCGUGUGGCGUGCGACAGGAGAAAAAAAUAGUGCAGUCUUUUUUUUUGUGUGCGAGAAAAGAGAACUUAGUUUUGGUUCCAGUGCAAGUUUGCGCGUGAACUAAAUCCGGAAUUCGUGCGACGUCACUUAAAUUUUCGUUGUCGGAAAAAGAAAGCAGCAGCAGCAGCAAACCUCCAAAAUGUCCGAAAGCGACUGGGAUACCGUGACCGUGCUCCGCAAGAAGGCCCCAAAGGCAAGCACUUUGAAGACUGAAACGGCCGUGAAUCUGGCCCGCCGCCAGGGAAUCCCUGUGGAGACCAGCCAAAAAUUUAAUGCCGGCACCAACAAGCAGCAUGCGGCACCGAAGAACACCGCCAAGUUGGACCGGGAAACGGACGAGCUGAAGCAUCGGACCGUGUCGCACGACGUGGCCAAGCUGAUCAUGCAGGGCCGCCAGUCGAAGGGGCUCUCCCAGAAGGAUCUGGCCACGAAAAUCUGCGAAAAGCCCCAGAUCGUGAACGACUACGAGGCGGGCCGCGGCAUCCCGAACAACCUGAUCCUGGGCAAGAUGGAGCGCGUGAUUGGCAUCAAGCUGCGCGGCAAGGAGAUCGGCACUCCGUUCACGCCUCCCGGUAAGAAGUGAAUGGAUGAAACACUUUCGGGAGGCAGAAGCUAAACACAUUCAACAGAAAAGAACACACUUUAAACAACACACACACACUUGUAAUAUUACAAAACACACCACAAAUUAAUAUGAAAGAAGAAAUGAAAAUUUGAAAAAAGACACAAACUAAACGAGAAAUGUGCGUGCGUACUAACAACAGCAGCAGCAGCAUUUUGAUUCAUUUGUCCUGCUUGUGUAGAGGGAUAAGAAGCGAGUUGAGCUCCCUUUAAACAAAAAAUGCGCGCCACGCUAGUCGUUUGCGCUUAAGUUCGUUCGUCAUUAGCAGUCAAUCAGUCAGCGUGUGUGUGUGGGAACAAGACAAUUUAGAAGGCAAAUUGUGCGGUAGGUUUUGGAGUAGUUUGCGAGCCAAUUUUAUUCGACCAUUUUUUGAUUCGUUACUUACAUUUGUUACUAUUAUCGCUCGCUCGUAGAGUGCAGAACACAAAAUGUGCGGUGUGUAGUUUGUAAGCAGUAGCGAUCCAAGUUUCGAUGGAGUUCAAAUACAGAUUAAUUGUAAAAUCCACAAAAAAACUUUUAACUUGAUGUCGAUUUUAAUUUUGAAAAAAAGAGACUUGCCCUUGUCAGGUUAGCAAAAAAGUCAGUUCUCUUGUUACAGGAAAAAGUAGUCAUUCUAUCAUCACCCCCCAGCUUCCCAUCUCAAAUGUGUGCUAACUUGUGUGAAAAUUCCCAACUAACUCUUCAACCCAGUUCCCGUUUGUCACAUGCAGUCCGUGCGUGCUUCUGUGGAAGUCCUAUAAAAAAAAAUCAACUAACAGAAGCAAAACAAAACUGUUUCGAUCUCUCAAUAUUCCACAGAACAUAAGUAGGCCACGAGGAAAGCUAGACGAAAGCUACCGGAAGAGAGAGAGGGAGAGCUGCCGAAGCGGAAAUAGCAGAGAUCGACCAGCAGAAAUUUCCGUUCACGCUCUCUCACUAUCUAAAAGAAACAGAGAAAAUAUGCAAGCUUUGCUUCGCAAGCGAAAGCGGCUCGCGUAAACUAAAAUUGUGCAUUUGAAAAAAAAGUAACGUAAUCUUGGUGCAAAAAAAGAUAUUUAAAAAUUUUCCAUUUUCUUUCGAAUAAGGAAAAAAAAAACACUUCACUACAUAUUGUUAGCGCGUUUCACCAGAAGUUUCCAUGUUGAGCAAAAUUAAAUCUUGCGGUAGUAAAGUAAAUUUGCAACACAACAAAAAAAAAUCAAGCAAACAAAAAAUGGUAAAAUAGUUAUGUAAGCAAACCUCCCCCUCCCCCUACCAUCAUUACCAUUGUCAGAUUCUAUUGAUGAUGAACAAAUAAAGAAGUAACAUUUCAUCUGCAUCAGUUGUAUACACUA